AGUGGCUACGAAGAUUCCCCGUCGUUUUAACUUUCUUCCGACGGAAAAUUGUUGCUUGACAAGUCGGAACGAAUUUUCCCAAGAAAGAGAUGGGUAUGCCGCCUUAGUCAAAUUUGGCUAAUUUAUAAGCUCAUGGUAAAGCAUACUUGAAGCUUGCUUAAUCAUAGCGUUAUUCAUGGCUGCAGCCAAUCUGUGUCCCUUAGGAACACUUGUGAUUCUCUUCAUCCUUCCUUGUUCUCUGCUUCUUGUUAUGCCAAACUCUACGACCAUCGCAGGAGCAGCGGCGCUAGAAGUAUUGAGACAAUUAUGCCCAGACGGGCCAGACACCGCGAAGUACACCGCCGGCAGCCAGUUUGAAAGGAACCUCGAUCACCUCCUCCGAUCACUUCACAACAAAAACUCCAUCUUCUCCAACGACACUCAGGGCCACGGGCCGGACAAAGUUUACGGCCUCUACCUCUGCAGAGGCGAUGUGGGGCUAAAAGACUGCCGGAAUUGCAUCGACAUGGCAAGCAAGGAGAUCGUAAAGCAAUGUCGCUUCAAGAAGGAGGCAAUUAUAUGGUACGAUCAGUGCUUGAUUCGCUACGCCAACAGAUCUUUCUUCUCCACCGUGGAGCCAUCGCCAAGAUUCGUUCGGUAUAGCGCUUAUAAUAGGAUAAACCCAGAAAACUUCAGUGUCAUUUUCGACGGCGUGUUUCACAAUCUGACCAAUCUGGCGACCUCCAAUCCUCCUAAUUACACCAAUUACGCAAGCAGUGAAACUGGCAUCACUACUGUUGAGACGUUGUACAGCAUGGUGCAGUGUACGCCGGACUUGUCGCCGCCGUAUUGCCGGAAUUGCUUGUCGGCUGCUAUGAAGGCGAUUAAGAUCUCGGCGCUAAACGUGAGUAGAGGAGGGAGAGUUUUCUCUCCGAGCUGUAAUCUAAGGUACGAGACCCUUCCCUUCUUGGAGGGCCCUCAAUUAGGUCAUUCUCCCCCAACAAUCCCCACUGCCGACGGCUCCAAUGGAAGCAAACGGAGAAGAGUUACCAUCUUUACCAGCACAAGUGUAUCAAUGGUAUUGCUCGGGAUAGCAUUGAUGGCUUAUUAUAUUUACAGAUAUAGCAGGAAAGGAAGAGAGAAAGAGGAAGAAGGUAGCCAAGAAGUUCAAUUAUUGAGCUUGAGAGGAGAAAUGCUUGGCCAUGACCACAACACUGAUCAAACAAAAUCUCAAGAGUUUCUUACCAUCCAACUGGAUGUUAUACUUGCAGCCACAUCGCAUUUUUCUGAGCAAAAUAAGCUUGGAGAAGGAGGGUUUGGUUCGGUUUACAAGGGUACAUUAUUGGAUGGCCGGGAGAUCGCGGUUAAGAGGCUCUCAACAACUUCUGGCCAAGGAUUAGAAGAGUUUAAGAAUGAAGUUACUUUGAUUGCAAGAUUACAACAUAGGAAUCUUGUCAAACUCCUUGGUUGUUGCUUAGAGGGGAACGAGUCAUUGCUCGUUUAUGAGUACAUGCCCAACAAAAGCUUAGAUGUCUGGCUUUUUGAUUCAACUAAAGCUGUGGAACUAGACUGGAAUAGACGUCUUCUCAUUAUUAAUGGAAUUGCCUGUGGCAUUUUGUACUUACACGAGGAUUCUCGACUCAGAGUAAUUCAUAGAGAUCUUAAAGCUAACAAUAUUUUAUUGGAUAGCGAGAUGAAUCCCAAAAUAUCAGACUUUGGAAUGGCAAGAAUUUUUGGAGGAGAUCAAAGUGAAGCCAAAACAAAGAGAGUAGUUGGAACACAUGGAUAUAUGGCUCCAGAAUAUGUCAUGGAUGGACUAUUUUCUAUGAAGUCUGAUGUAUAUAGUUUUGGAGUACUAUUGUUAGAGAUAAUAAGUGGGAAAAAGAGCACUAGCCGUUGCGUAUCUGAAGACGAUUACAACCUCCUCACUCUUGCAUGGCAACUAUGGAAUGAAGGGCAAGCAUUACAACUCAUGGACCCAUCACUUGCAAAUUCAUCAGAAUCAAUCGAAGUGUUGAAGUGCAUACAUAUCGGAUUGCUUUGCGUCCAACAAGAUCCAGCCAAUAGACCCACCAUGUCUUCAGUAGUUGUUAUGUUAGGAAGCAAUAGUAUUGCGACGCUUCUUCAACCCACACAACCAGCCUUUUUUGUUGGACGAGUUGUCUUGGGAUCAAUUCAGACCCCAAUCUCUGUUAAUGAGGUAACUGUUUCAACUAUAUUGCCUCGGUGACUAAACAUGAAGAAACUUUUGUUCUUUUUGUUUUUUCAAUUAUUAGAAAUAGAAUUAUAUAUAAAUAAUCUCAUUGAUUGUGUCUUGUAACACUCUCAAGUUGAUUUAUAGAUUUAUUGUCUAUAAUCUCACUGAUUAUAA